AUGAUGGCAAGGCUUUUUCUGGCCCUCUGGUGCACUGUCCUGGCAGCAGAUGUGGAGAAGCAUCAGGUCUUGAGCGUUGCGAAGACGCAUGCUCCGGACGAGGAGACUGCCAAAGACAAGGAGGUGAAAGCGCCCAUGCCCUUUGGCGGUCUUGAGCCUUUUGGCCGCCAAGAAGCUGGCAAGGACUGGGAUUUCGGGCUUCCUGGGAUGUCUAGUAAGGGGCAGUAA